AUGGACGGCAACGGCAUCAACCACCAACAGAGCAUGGCCAUACCUGAGAUGGGCAACCAAUUCCUGAACCAGGUCCCCACCAAUGGCAUGUCGAACGGCCAGCACUUUAUGCCUGAUCCCUCUGCGUCCGCUAUGCCUAUGCCCGGGGCCGAGCUCAUGAUGCCGCUCAUGCUCGCCAAUGGACAAGCGCAGGUCCCACCGAGCAGCCUCAGCGCUGAUGAAGUCGCGCUCUACGAUCGCCAGAUCCGCCUCUGGGGUGUCGCCGCCCAGGCCAAGAUACAGUCGGCCAAUAUCCUCCUCAUCACCAUCAAAGCCCUGGCCACCGAAAUAGCCAAGAACCUCGUGCUUGCAGGCGUCGGCUCCCUCACCAUUCUCGACGACGCGCCCGUCUCGGAAUCCGAUCUUGGUGCGCAGUUCUUCCUCGCCGAAGCGGCGGGCGACGACCCGUCCUCAAUCCUCGGUCAGAACCGCGCACAGGUCGCCACGCCGGCCAUCCAGAAGAUGAACCCCAGGGUGCGCGUCCAGGCCGACCCGGCCGGCGUCAAGGUCAAGGGACCGAGCUACUUUGCCCAAUUUGACGUCGUCAUCGCCACAGACCUCGACCUCGACACGAUGAACCUCAUCAACACGGCGACCCGCCUAAACGGGCGCGCCUUUUAUGCCGCCUCCACACAUGGCAUGUACGGCUUCAUCUUCAGCGAUCUCAUUGAGCACCAGUUUGUCAUUGAGCGUGAUCUCGGCAACGUGCCCACCGAGUGCCCCAAGCAGGAGACCCGCACCCGCUCCGUCGUCGACGUUCAGACCAAGAAAGAAGGCACGCGCACCAUCGAGUGCGUGACCAAGCGCGAGCUCUACUCGACGUGGUUCCUCGCCAGCGACCUCGCCACCCUUUCAGACGACUAUAUCAAGUCGAAACGUCGUCUGCGCGGCGUCUCGCCCACCCUGUCCUGCCUCCGGGCGCUGUGGGAGUUUAUGCAGAUCAAUGGGGGCCGCAUACCAGGCAAUAGGGAUGACUUGAAGCUCUUCACCCAGAUCGCGACACAGAAACACAAGGCUCUGUCUCUGCCCUCGGAGACGCUCACCCCAGAGUUCCUGCGCAGCUUCCUGCAGAAUCUGGGCAGCGAGAUCGCCCCCGUGACGGCCAUCCUCGGCGGACAGCUCGCCCAGGACGUCAUCAACGUCCUGGGGCAGAAGGAGCAGCCCAUUCAGAACAUGGUCAUCUUUGACGGCACGACCAUGGAGGCCCUCGUGUAUCCACUACACCCUGAGGGAGUCAUCGGCGCCGCUUUGUUGAGCCUGGGCGGCGGUGACGACGCGAUGGCGCCCAAUGGCGCGGGUAUGAUGAUGCCCCCGGGCGGGGACAUGUCGGCCAUGGGCAUGGGGUAUGAUCCGUCAAUGGGCGGCAUGGGCAUGAUGAACAACGGGAUAGGUGGCAUGGCGCCGCCGCCAACCCAGCAGCAGAUGAAUGAACUUCAUCUCCAGCACGGACAACAGCAACAGCAACAGCCGCCGCAGCAACAACAGCAGGAGGCAAACGCGCGACCGCAAACGCAGAUGGAGAGCAAACCAGACGAGUCCAAUGUCGCUGCGUCGGGCUCAGGGGCUCCGGCAACCACCGGGCCGGAUAGUGCUGCUGACAAGGCAGCCGGGGACGCAGCGUCGCGAGGCAGCUAG